GCGUUAGUCAACUUCGCGUGUUCGCUUUUUCGCGCAACACCGUGUCGCGUAUCUUUUUCUCUCUUCCUCUCUCUCUCUCUCUCUCUCUCUCUUUUUUAUCUUUCCUUUUUACCUUAUUUUUUCCUUUCUUGCUAUCUGUCCUCUGCCUCUCUCUCUCUCUUUCUCCCCCUCUCUUUUCCCAUAUUUUUCUCUCUUAUUUUCUACGAGUGCUUGUCUCACACGCCACGCAAUACCGUUCACUGGUCGUAGCAUGUGCCCACAAGUUCACAGUCUCAUACACGUUUAUCUACCCCACCAUCAGCCCCAUAAUAAACUUGUCUCUUAUGGUUACCGUUAAAGGGCUAUUUUUCGCGUCCAUUCAGGAAAAGAAAAGAAAAAGAAAAAUCUACGUUUAUUUCCAUCGUGUCUUAUUCUUCUUCUAGAAGCUUGUUUCAAGCAACAAAUUUCAUCGUGUUAGUUACCAACGACACAACGCGAAAAAAAAGUAACGGAGUGACACUUAUAGCAUGAUUUCUUGGAUAUUCCAGUGAAGGAAACGAUAUCUUACGCUUCGCAGAACGACGACAACUCGUCUGGCCGAGUUCGUGCACGUGGUGGUUGAGAGUGUGAAGUGUUUUCGGAACAAGGUUGAGAGAAGGAAGAAGAGGAAGAGGAGAGUUAAGGAAGAGAAAUUCGAUUAUCUUAGAAGGAGGAAUAACUGGCCGGGAAGAUGAGUUGCUGUACGAGUGCGCCGAUCGUGACCCAAACUUGUGAGACUCUGUUGAGCAAAUGCGAAGUGCCGAUUAUUGACCUCGCUCAUAUGGGGACCGAAAGAAGUCCUCAAAAAGGAGUCGUUAAGCAAGUCGCCACGAAAUUAGUAAGAGCUUUAUCGGAGAAAGGAUUGGCUUUACUCGUCAAUCAUGGCAUUCCAGAAUGUAAGUUGAAGGCCGCGUACAGAGCACUAGAUGAGUUUUCCGAAUUGUCAGAAGAAACGAAAAACAAGUACGAACGUGAUCCUUCGACCAAUCACGGAUAUGUCAAACCUGGAAUGGAGAAAUUCUCGGACGAAGAAGAGAUUCGUCAUGCUUACAACAUCACCGUUUGCAAGGGAGCGUUACCGCAAGAUGAAGUACCCGGAUUUAAGCCUGCAGUCGAAGAACUAGCACGAGAUUUCAAACAACUCUCAGCCAUGCUCUUAACUGCUCUGGCCGUGGGCCUAGAGCAAUCUCCCGACUUCCUGAUCACGAAGCACGCUCACAUGCUGGGAACUGGUAACGAAACGACUCUUCGUCUUCUCUACUAUCCACCACUUGGUGCACCGGUACCAGGCGUGACGCGUUGCGGAGCUCAUUGCGAUUACGGCACUUUCACUCUGCUCGCACAGGACUGCGAAGGUGGCUUAGAAAUACAAACACCGCGCGGAGAUCAGUGGAGACGAGUCGGUCAUCUUCCUGGAGCUAUUUUGGUUAACACAGGGACCAUAUUGGCCAAAUGGACCAACGAUCAAUUUCCAGCUUUGAGACAUCGUGUAGUUGUACCAGAACACUGCGGUCGUGGCCGUCAUUCGAUCGCAUUCUUUGUACAUCCAAACAACGAUAUCCCUAUCGAACCGUUGGAUAUUAAAAUCGUUAAGGCUAAUCAAGAAUCGGCACCAUGCCGGCUUCAAAAAAAGAAACGUGGUGUAUUAACGGCGUAUCAUCAUCUUCAGCGUCGAUUUAGAGAGACUUAUGCUUCGUAAUAUUGUGUCUAUCGUUCGUUUCAUCAUUGAAAUGUGUUAUAUUCAUUUUUCAGGGUUUAUAUUUCGUAUUGACCAUGCGAUUUUUUAUCCUCAUCUUGUUUUAACAUUGAAAUACAAUUCGCAAGUUAAACUCUUUUCGAUCGAAUACAAGUUAGAUUCUUUUCUAUCUACGAUUUUAUGAUUUAAUCGAAUACAUAAAAGAAAAAAGAAGAAAAAGAAAUUACUUUACAUGUUAGACACAGUAUAAGUUUUUGUCAUACAAGGAAACAUCGACGUCUGAUCGUAUCAAUGGCAAUAAUAAAGAAUUCUGUACUUACAUUUAAA